GCUGUGAUAGGGAGGAAAAUCUCAAAGGGUGCCGCCAUAUUGCGGAUCUGUCAGCGGACGCGGCGCUGCCGCAAAUCCGGCAAGCCCCCGAGGGAAAAGAGCUCGCCGCCGCGGCCCUCAGAACGUCUCCGGAGCGCUACCGGGCAAGCUGUGCAAUCGGCAUCUCCCGGUCCAGCUGUUAUUCCCCCUCCGAUCGACUCAAAAUCAGUUGUCUAGACCUUCGAGAGCAAGCAUCCGUCGAGAGCUGGCCGCCCCCGGCGCCUUAGUUCGGCAGCAGAAGAAAAGAGAAGAGUGAGUAAGAAAAAGAGAAGAAAAGGAAAAUGCCGAAACCAAUUAAUGUAAGGGUUACUACUAUGGAUGCAGAGCUAGAGUUUGCCAUUCAACCGAACACAACAGGGAAACAGCUUUUUGAUCAGGUAGUAAAAACAGUUGGCCUACGAGAAGUCUGGUUUUUUGGAUUGCAGUACGUGGACAGCAAAGGGUACUCAACUUGGUUGAAAUUAAACAAAAAGGUAACACAGCAAGAUGUAAGGAAAGAAAAUCCAUUUCAGUUCAAAUUCAGGGCAAAGUUUUUUCCUGAGGAUGUUUCUGAAGAAUUGAUUCAAGAAAUAACUCAGAGACUCUUUUUUCUGCAAAUCAAAGAAGCCAUCUUGAAUGAUGAAAUCUAUUGUCCACCUGAAACUGCAGUUCUACUGGCGUCUUAUGCUGUUCAAGCAAAAUAUGCUGAUUACAAUAAGGAAAUACAUAAGCUAGGAUAUUUGGCCAAUGACAGACUUUUACCCCAGCGUGUUUUGGAACAACAUAAACUGACAAAAGAGCAGUGGGAAGAAAGAAUACAAAAUUGGCAUGAAGAACACAGAGGAAUGUUAAGGGAAGACUCUAUGAUGGAAUACCUCAAAAUUGCACAAGAUUUGGAAAUGUAUGGAGUCAACUAUUUUGAAAUUAAAAACAAAAAAGGAACUGAAUUAUGGCUUGGUGUUGACGCUUUGGGUUUGAAUAUUUAUGAACAUGAUGACAAGUUGACUCCGAAGAUAGGUUUUCCUUGGAGUGAGAUAAGAAAUAUAUCAUUUAAUGACAAAAAGUUUGUGAUAAAGCCCAUUGACAAAAAGGCCCCUGAUUUUGUGUUUUAUGCACCCCGUCUGAGAAUUAAUAAGCGGAUAUUAGCACUAUGCAUGGGAAACCAUGAGCUAUACAUGAGAAGGAGAAAACCAGAUACAAUUGAAGUGCAACAGAUGAAGGCCCAAGCUAGAGAAGAAAAACAUCAAAAACAAUUGGAGAGGGCCCAACUAGAGAAUGAAAAAAAGAAAAGGGAAAUAGCCGAAAAAGAAAAGGAAAAAAUAGAGCGUGAAAAAGAAGAAUUGAUAGAACGACUAAGACAGAUUGAAGAGCAGACAAUGAAGGCCCAAAAAGAACUGGAAGAGCAAACAAGAAGAGCUCUAGAGCUAGAUCAGGAACGAAAAAAAGCAAAAGAGGAAGCAGAGCGCUUGGAAAAAGAACGAAGAGCUGCUGAAGAGGCAAAAGCUGCUCUAGCAAAGCAGGCAGCAGAUCAGAUGAAGAAUCAAGAACAACUAGCAGCAGAACUUGCUGAAUUUACUGCAAAGAUUGCACUUUUGGAAGAAGCCAAGAAAAAAAAGGAAGAAGAAGCUUCAGAAUGGCAACAUAAAGCUUUUGCAGCUCAAGAAGAUCUGGAAAAGACCAAAGAAGAACUGAAAACUGUAAUGUCAGCUCCGCCCCCACCUCCACCCCCACCAGUAAUUCCUCCCACAGAUAAUGAACAUGAUGAACAAGAUGAGAAUAAUGCUGAAGCAAGUGCUGAACUGGCUUCUGAAGGUAUUAUGAACCAUAGAAGUGAGGAAGAACGUAUCACAGAAACACAGAAGAAUGAACGAGUAAAGAAACAACUUCAGGCUCUCAGUUCUGAAUUGGCCCAAGCCAGAGAUGAAACUAAGAAAACCCAGAAUGAUGUACUUCAUGCUGAAAAUGUUAAAGCAGGCCGUGAUAAAUACAAGACUCUUCGACAGAUACGGCAAGGCAAUACAAAGCAGCGGAUUGAUGAGUUUGAAGCAAUAGAAUGUAGUCAUAGGAACUGUGGCAGAAUGUGGGCAAAAGAGGUAUGAGCAGAUCUUUAGGCUGAAGUUCAACAUGCACUCAAAGAUUAUUGAAUGUGUGUGUUGGAAUCAAUAUGAAUCACUCUUACCUAUGGAAUGGCUAAUUAAAAUUGGCAUCUUGGGUUUGAAUAUCAUAUUUGUGGAAAUAACACUGAAAUUACUUACCAUGUCCAGUGAACUUUAAGAGUUGGGAGAAAUAAGUCCUGCUUUCUCUGAGGAUGGUUCAGCUCUGUUAUGUUUGGUAUUAUGCACUCAACUUUAUACUUACCUAUGAAAAUUGCCAUUUUAUUAAUCAUUCAUGCACAAGUUCCUUACAAAUCCCACUGAAAGUUAGGGGUUUCCUCCCCCCGAAUCAAAGGUAGAUACUGUGAAAGUUACAUAUACACCCAUUAUUUUAUGGAAUAAUGAUAGCUGAGCAAUUUUGCAUAGACUGGUGUGCAAAUAUUGUGCAUGUGCUCAAACAUCUGGUUGCCCUGGAUGCUUCUGCUUCCACCUGCAGGAUUGGGCAAAUGCCUUGCAUCUUUUCAUGCAGUGAAUUCUGAGAUACGGAUUUCUAAAUUGUUCAAAACCUUUGCCAUAACGGGUGGAAUGUUGUGUAUGGUUCUUCCCUGAAAUAGGCACACAUGCAUGGCUAUGUUAAUCUAUUACUAUGGAAGAAAGGGAAAGAGAAGUACCAGUAAAAUUUGCUGUUCAUAAUCUACAUUGUAUAGUUUAAUAUUUAAAUGGAUCUAAUCCAUUUAUAAAACUGUGAAUAUUUUUCUAGGAAUUGACAUCUGUAAUAAGGUUUUUCACCACGACUAAAUUGAUGGUAAGGGUUGUCAUCUGCUAUUGGGCGAACACACCAGUUCAUGUUGAGGCAUUCAGGAAAUACUUGGUGAAGUAUUCGUAUGCUUCCCCUCCUCCUCUCUUUAGCAUCACGUUUUGUGUUGUAAAAUUAAGCUAUAGUUACUAUCAUCUAUUAUUUUGAAUAACAUUCAUUGGCUAACAAUAAAGAGAAUACAGCUAAUUUUGUGAGGUUCAUUGUGGUUAUUUAAUUUAUCAUUCCUGACAAGAAUUGUAUUGUUCUUAGUUCUAAGAAAAAAAUGGAAGAAAACAUGUGAUUCAUUCAUUUCAAUAAUGCAAUAAAAUAUAAGAGAUUAAGGAGGGGAAUGGACAUUGCAUUGGAUUGCAAUGAAAAGUAAUCAUUUUGGAAUGGACAAAAAGCUAUUAUAAAUGUUUAAAAAUUGCUUUCUUUCUGAGUUUCAUGACUUAACCUAAAAUGGUGUAUGUAGAUAAGUUUGAAUUUGGGGCAUGUUGGUAUCUGAUCCAGAUUUGCCAUAUGAGGUUGCAUAAAUAGGGGAAAGUCUCGAUGUCUGAACCAAUUUAAAAGGAAAUUCAUUUCAAUCUCAAUAUGUAUACCUAAAAAGUAAUUCCAUAUUUAAUUUUAAAGCUGUCUAGUUUUGUGAAACUCACAAUACUAUAAAAGGUUUUUUUUCUGCUGCAAUAAAAAAAUAGAUAUUCCAUGCAGAUGGAUUGACCUUAUAUUCCAGUUUUGUAAGUUGGCAGGUGUUGAUGUAGGACAAAUCAUACUAUGAAGAUUUUGGAUGAUCUUAAGCAGAUAGGCUGGAAUUAAAUCAAGAUGGCUAUGAGGCUAAAAUAGCUUCUGAGCUUUUCAAAGGAAUUGAUAUUUUUGUUAGGAUUUCGCACAUACAUAAAUUGUGCCUACACAAUACACAGUAAGCUUGUUUCAGGUAGGCAAAGUCAUAAUAUAUUUAUGACUUUGGGAUCAAUGUUUUGUAACUAACCUAGAUUUAGAGAUAAUCAGUGAGGUGACCAUGUUUGCUAAGAGUUCAGAAUUAAUUGAAAAAUAAAUUAGAAACUUUCAAACUGAGAAAUGAGACCAUUGACAUGCAGAUGUAGUCCAGUAUAAGUAAAUGUAAAGCACAUACCAGAAAGUGUUUGUGUGGAACUAAGUGCACUGAUGAUGGAGUUUAUGCUUAUGAUGUGGCAAUGAUAGAAAGCUCUCAAAAGUGAUUACAUUCAUCCAUCAUAUUUAUAUUGUCUUAAACAUGACUUACUGAACAGCUAUAAUUAGCAAGCUGUGCAUAUUAACCCAUAGUUUAUAAAUUGCUGAUUUGAUCUACUAUUUGUUAAAUGUUUACAUCCUUGACUCCCAACAACUGGUCAAUUUCUAAAUAAACACCAGAGAAUAGAGUAAUAAAGAUGUGUUUAAGUAAAAUAUGGCUCAUCACUUUGUAUGAACCAGAUCAUAAUGUUAUUAUGUACUGUGAAAAUUGCAAUUAUAUUGGGGGGGAGUUAUUAAAGGAACUCAAAAAACCCCAGGACCCAGUAUCAAAGUACCUUUGCAGAUAUUUGUGAUGCAAUUGAAUUUAGAGUAGGAUAUGCAGUUCUUUUAUCUUCAGCACUGAAAGCACUAAUUGCUGGAGAACAGGAGGUGCUGUUGUGCUUAUAAAGGCUUCUGAUUUCAAUCAUUAGGAACAAUUCUAGAACAGAUGUCUUUUGGCUUGACGCAACUCACCUUCUCUUAAGUUCUUACAUUUUAGCACAAAAGAAUAUAAACAUGAUGGCCUGGAUCGUCAAAUUUCAUAUUUCAAGUAUAAACUUUGUGCCUGUUGUUUCACAUUUCUACUAAGGGACAGCAGCUUCUAAUGCCAAACUGCCAUAUACAAUACAUCUUUACAAGUGAAAGAUAUGUACACUGCUUCACAGGAUCAGAAAUCCAAAUAUGUUGUGGACUGAUAAUGGAAUAGAGAUUUACAUCUCAUCAUCUCUGAAUAAAGUAUGGAAUUUCCAAGAAAUGGGAAGUCCAAGAAAUUUGAAGCAGAAGAGUAGAAGUUUUACUAUUUGAAUAAAAGCAAGAAAAAAGUCGUACGUCAAAAGAAAAAAAAGUCAAGCCAGAAAAUUUUGUUAUAUUCUUAUUUCUCUUUAUUGCACAAGUGCCAUAUUGUUUUUUUUCUGUACAAAUUAGGAAUUUGUGUAACUUCAGUCUUUUAACUAUCCAUCUGGCUGAGUUUGAAUAUGCCAAGUUUUCUCUAGAGUUUUGUAUUAUUUAGGGCAAAAUAUUGAGCCAUUUGUAACAAAUCAGCAUCAUUUUAUAGUCUACUUGGCAUGCUGCAUUUUAUUUUGUAAAUUUCUUUUAAAUAACCACUUUACUAUGAUCUGGACAGCUCAGAAUUGUAUUCUAUUCAUCUUUGAGUGAAAAAAAUAUAUAGACAUUUUAAUGUCUAAAACAUAAAA